AUGGAAGAUGAUGAAAAUAAUAUAAAAGGGUGUUAUGAUAUGAAUGGUUCAAAUGAUAAGGUCGAAGAUAAUGUAAGACAAAAUGAAGGAGAAAAAAAUAAUAUGAAUGAAUUAAAAGAAGAGAACAAUAUUAUAAAUGAAGAAAAAAUGAAAGAGAUAAGUGAUAAAUAUAUUAAAUAUUUAGAAUGUAUAAAAAACAACUGGUCGUCAUCUCAGGCAUCGAAACUUUUAAAUAAAAAUUUAAUAAAGUAUAUAUCACAAAGAUUUUUAUAUAUGUCUAGUUCACUAAAAGUAAGAGUGUUAACAAGUUUUUUUUAUAUACCUGAUAAAUUAAGAAAAGAAAGUGAACCAUAUUUAUUAUUAAUCUCUUCAAGUGCAGAAAUUGAUGGUAAUGGAUGGGUAAAGAAAUUUAGCAGAAUUUUAAAGCCAUAUAUUAAAACAGGUGUUAUCGAUAUAAAAGAAAUUGAUAGUCAAACAAUGCAUCGUAUAUUAAAUUAUAUCGAUCAAGAAAAUGAGAAAAAAAAAAAACAUAAAAAGUCUUAUUUUCAUAAUAAAAAAGAAUUAGAAUAUAUACAUAUGUGUGAUCCAAUAAAUGAAUUAAAAAAUUUAGAAAAUAAAAAUAUAAUACAUUCAGACGAAUAUAAAAUGUUUACUCCUUCCAAAAACUUCGAUGGUCUCUUUUCAUCGAUAAUUAAAAAGGGAAUAAAUGAAUUUAAAAGCUGA